AUGGAGGGUAGCGGCGAGCAGAGCUUUGGCUUACCAACCCUGUCCGUCCAGGUGCAGCAGCAUGAAGGGGCAACCAAAGCACCCAACUACGACAUGGCAGCGCGUAACGGCUCGGCUAACUACACAUACCCGUUUGCGGACGUGGCCCUGCUGCAGGUGUUCAAGCCGCUGAUCAUCCCCUGCUACACGCUGGUGUUGCUGGUGGGCGUGUUCGGAAACUACCUACUGCUCUACGUCAUCUGCCGCACGCGCAAGAUGCACAACGUCACCAACUUCUUCAUCGGCAACCUGGCCUUCUCCGACAUGCUCAUGUGCGUCACCUGCGUACCGUUCACGCUGGCGUACGCCUUCAACCCCCGUGGCUGGGUGUUCGGGCGCUACAUGUGCUACCUGGUGUUCCUCAUCCAGCCUGUGACGGUCUACGUGUCUGUGUUCACGCUCACAGCCAUCGCUGUGGACAGGUACUAUGCCACUGUCCACCCCCUGAAAAAGCGCAUCUCUGUGGCGGCGUGUGCCUACGUGCUGUCGGGCAUCUGGCUGCUGUCCUGUGGCCUGGUGGCCCCGGCCGUGGCGCACACCUACCACGUUGAGUUCCGCGACACGGACCUGACCAUCUGCGAGGAGUUCUGGCUGGGUCAGGAGACGGAGCGGCUGGCCUACGCUUACGGCACCUUCCUGCUCACCUACAUCCUGCCACUGUCGGCCGUCUGCGUCUCCUACGUCUGCAUCUCCAUCAAGCUGCGCAACUGCGUGGCGCCUGGGCACCGCACGCGCGACCAGGCCGAGGCACAGCGCGCCCGCAAGCGCAAGACCUUCCGGUUAGUCGCGCUGCUGGUGGUGGCGUUUGCCGUGUGCUGGCUGCCCAUCCACGUGUUUAACGUGCUGCGCGACAUCGAUAUCCACCUCAUCAACAAGCGCCACUUCCUGCUCAUCCAGCUGCUCUGCCACCUGUGUGGCAUGAGCUCGGCCUGCUGCAACCCCUUCCUCUACGCCUGGCUGCACGACCGCUUCCGUGCCGAGCUGCGCAAGAUAUUUACCUGUCACCGCCGCAUCGGCAUCCCCACCAACCACUGCGCCACCGCCAGCGUCGUGCUCUGAGGGGUGUGUGUGUGUAUGCAUCAAACACCAAGCAGUCACACAGCCAGCAGAUACACACUCAGCUAAACCCUGACCGUCACACACACGCAAGAUGUUCACCUGCCACUGUUGGAUUGGCAUCGCCAACCAGCAUGGUUUUUCGAGGCGUGUGUGUGAGUGUGCAUGAAGGACCUCACACACUCAGCAGUCACACAUGCAGCCAGACUUUCUGUCGGAGGUCAGUCACACUAUUGUAAAUGGAAAUGGCCAAAAGCUGCUGACAGCUGUCAAGAAACCUGUGCUCAGUUCUGUCCAAACCCCCAUCCCCCCGCACUCUGAAACUCCUGGUGCCAUCAGCAAAGAAGGGAAAACAUCAAGCUCUUUUUUCUCUCGCUUGAGGUGCUUUAUUCCGUUUGACUGUCAGCCCCUAAAAUGUCAAACUGAAGCGGAGGGAAUACAAGUAAGAUGAAAUGGCGAAAUGACGUCGUCCAGGGGGUGGUUUGGAGAUCUCACUCUAAGCCCUGACUUACACACACACACGCACACACACACAGUAACAUUAAUGGACCCUCACACACACUGGAACAGCAGCAGCAAUGCAUCCCCCCCCCCCCCCAC